UCACAGCAGCGCGAGUUGGUCGCGCAUGUAGAGGGCCGCAUGGCCGCGAUAGGUAUUAAACAGGAAGCGUGAGCACCGCAGCCACAAAAUGCGGACAUUCCAUAUUGCGGCAGGGCGAUUCAUUGUAUUGUAGGCGUUCAUCGUAUCCACCAGGAUCGCACACUUUACGCCACUCGAGUCGAACUCGCCGGAUACCGCAUGAAUGGCACCCUUCACGCCCCCCUUGAGCCCGGCGCAUAGCUGGUCUGCACCACAUACAAUCUCCGCAUCCACCCCGACCGCCUUGGCUAUCGCCUUGCCCAUGAUGCGCAU